UUUCAAAAACGAUAUUGGCCAAGUAUUUACGGCAGUUUAGAUAAAAUAACUGCUGAUUAUGAUUUGAAAAACAGCGAAAGAAUUGCUUUAAAUAAUAAAAACACAAAUAGCAAAUAUGGACAUAAACCUAGAAAGAUAUUUGAGCGUAAUGAAAUUUUAAAAAAAAAUUCUACAGGCGGCCUGUCUUUCCCAACAAUUAAAGACAAGCAACAGAAUCAUGGCAACUACGCUGAAUUAAUUGAAUGCAGAGUUCGUAUACCAACUAAAAUCACUCGUAAUUCUAACAUUAAGUCCAGUCAAGAUCUUAGACUGAGUGAAACGGAUGUUCUUGGAAGAAAUACACAGAAUGGCAAAGGUUUCAUUGCCUCUAAUGGAUGUCAAGCGUAAGUCAAUCUAAAUAAAUUAUCUACUUAAGAAUAUACAAUAGCUUUCAUAAUGUAAAUAAAAGAUUCGCCUUCCUCGUAA